AUUGCCUAACAUAACCUUUCCAUAUUAUAGUCUUAUCACGGGAGCUUAUUGACCCUCACACUAGACAAAAUCCGUCAGUUCAAGUGUGCCGUUUCACCUGAAAUCGUCAGAUUCCGGCGAGAUGGCCGUCGAAGAUUCGCCGGAUUGGCCUCCUCCAGGAUGGACAGAGGAUGUCAAAGUAUCAAAAGGAAGAAAAAUCAAGUACUAUACAAAUGGGGAGACUGGGAAAAAGUUUUAUUCCAAGAAGGAAGUAGCUCGGUACUUGAAGACGAAAGAUACUUGCGAUGAUGUAACUCAAGCAAUGAAUAUUCAAGGUAAGAGCUUCUCUGAGAACAAUGUUAGUGAUAUGGAUAAUCAAGAUGGGAGCUUUGCCAAGGACAAUGGUAGUCAAAUGGAUAAUCAAGAUAAUUGUUGCUCUGAGAACAAUGUUAGUCAGACUGUUGGGAAACCAAAUAAUUCUCAUGAAUGGUUACCUCCAGGGUGGAUAGUUGAAUUGAAGACUCGUAAGUCUGGUUCACAUGCUGGUUUAUCUUACAAGGUUUACAUUGAUCCAUCAACUGGAAGCAAAUUUUAUUCAAAGCCUGAAGUAUCUAAAUAUCUCAAAACUAUGAAGCAGAACAACAUCGCGGGGGAAGGACAAACACAUGGAGAUGGUGAAAUAUCUACUACAAAUCAGAAAAAAUCAGAGGAUCCCAAAAUUAUCAGGGGUGGGGGUCAGACUCGCAAAUCCAAAAGGCUGAAAUCUGACACCGACCAGGCCUCGCCUGGCAUUGAGGAGGGGUCAUUUUCCAAGCUGAAAGCAUCUCAGGAUUUUGAAGAAGUUGGGGAACAGAGUUGCACAACCAAAAGGAAGAAGUCUGGCAUUACCAGGACUACAAAGACUUAUCCUUCUCAUGGUGCUGGAGAGGUCUUCAUUUUAAAUGAGAAAACAUCUCUGGGUUCGAAAGAAAAUGGGGCACAAAGUCCCCAAUCCAAAAGACAGAAACCUGGCAGUGGCUGUCCGUCUGCAAAGAGUGUUUCUUCUGUUGCAGUUGACUGUGAUUCAGCAGAUGAAUUACCCCCUGGCUGGAAAAAAGAAAGUAGGAAAAAUGAUCGUGGAACAAGGAAUUACCUGCUCUACACAGAUCCAGUACAUGGAUAUAAAUUUCACUCCAAAAAGGAAGUUCUCCGAUAUCUACAAACUGGAGAUGCUACUAGCUGUGCUAGAAGACCUACGAAAAGGAAUGUAGCUUCAACUACAAAGGAUGAUUCUCCCACAACAGAUGAUGCCAGCUUGAAGAGAGUAGGAGGCUCUAUGACAGGAAGACAGCUUUUUUCCACUGACGAAUUGAAAGGUGGGGAAAGUUUUGGUACUUGCUCACCUGCACAGCAAGUUGAGAGUUCGAAGAAACAGCCCGACUGCAGUGUGUCUGAUCCUAAUGCCAUCAUCACAUCCAUUUUAGCUGAGAUAAAUGAGAAUCAUUCCUUUGAAAAUGUAGUUGGAGAUGCUGAAAUCGAAACUGUAAGUGUUGGUGUUAAACAGCCAUCAGCUGUUUCCACUGAGUCGGAUCUCCUCUCGGAGAAGCAACUACUAGAAAAUGAGCAGGAAAAACAUAGUUCUAAAGCAACACAGCAGUCAAAAAAAUCCAGAAAAACAGAGUCACUUAACCUUGGUCGUCGGGUCUCCAAAAGACUUGCAGGUCAAAAUGCAGAAGCGGCGGCUGAUUUGGAUCUUGGUGAACGUGCUCUUCCAGCUGUAGCUGAUAAAUCUGCGAGCCUCUCCGUGAAUGCCUGCAGCCAGGAAUUGCUCCAGGACUCCGAUCCUACACCAGAAACUGGCAACUCUGAUCAGGCUUCUUUGAAUGGAGACCCUUCAUUGGAUGAUUUACCCCCAGGCUGGAAAAAAGAAAUCAAAAUUACUAAAAAAGCUAAUGGGAUAAGAAAAGACCCGUUAUACAUUGAUCCAGUGGAUGGCUAUGUAUUUCGCUCCAAGAAGGAUGUUUUCCGCUAUUUACAAACUGGAGACAUCAGUAGUUGUGCUAUAAGACCUGUCAAAAGGGAUCUAGAUGCUGCAAUGACGGAUAGUUCUCCCACAACAGUUGACACCAAUUCGAAGAAAUUAGUGUGCUCUGUAACCGAAAGGCAACCUUUUGCUGCCAAGGAAUCCAGAGGUCGAAAACGUUCAGUUACUUGUUCACCAAAAGUACAAGCUGAGAGUUCCAAGAAACAGCCUGAAAGCAGUGCAUCCAAUGCAAACACUAUUAUUACAUCAUCUGAAGCUGAUAUUAUUGUGAAGCAAAAUGCUGAAAUAAGUCUAGACACAGAGCCAGAAAUAAGAGACUCAAGUGCAGACACAAAAGUCAUAGAUGCUGAAAGUAACGCUAUCAAAAGGUUAUCAGCUGUCUCAACCCCUCAGUCAGAUCUACCCUCAGAGCAGCAAUUACCAGAAAAUGAGCCCGAAAAGCAUAUUAGUAAAGAAAAACCGGAGCAGUCAAGAAGAUCCAGAGCUAAGAAACCACUCACACCUGGUCGGCGGAUCUCAAAAAGACUUGUGGGCCACAGCCCAGAACCGGUGGCUGAUUUGGAUCUAGGUGAACGUGCUUUUCGAGCUGUUGUUAAGAAAUCUGCCUCUUUGGGCAUCCCCCUGAAUGUCUCUGGUCAGGAAUUUUCCCAGAACAAAGAUCCUACAGUAGGAACUGGCAAUUCUGAUCAGGCUCCUCUGAGCAGAGAAGCUUCAGGCCUUGAAUUUCCACCAGACUUGGGAAAGGAAAUGCUUACCCAGAAUGAAGAUCUGACAGAAGGAACUGGCAAUUCUGAUCAGGCUUCUCUGAAGAUAGAAGCUUCAGGGGAUGGAUUAUCGCCAGGCUUGGAAAAGGAAAUAAUUUCCCAGAACAAAGAUCCGACCGUAGGAACUGGCAAUUCUGAUGAGGCUUCUCUGAGCAAAGAAGCUUCAGGAGAUGGAUUAUCACCAGGCUUGGAAAAGGAAAUACUUUCCCAGAACAAAGACCCGACAGUAGGAACUGGCAAUGCUGAUCAGGCUUCUCUGAGCAGAAAAGCUUCAGGGGAUGAAUUAUCACCAGGCUUGAAAAAGGAAAUACUUACCCAUUAUAAAGACCCGACAGUAGGAUCUGGCAAUUCUGAUCAGGCUUCUUUGAGAGCUUCAGGGGAUGAAUUAUCACCAGGCUUGAAAAAGGAAAUACUUACCCAUUAUAAAGACCCGACAGUAGGAUCUGGCAAUUCUGAUCAGGCUUAUCUGAGCAGAAAAGCUUCACUAGAUGAAAUACCACCAGGCUGGGAAAAGGAAAUGCUUGGACAGAACAAAUAUUCUACUGUAGGAACUGGCAAUUCUGAUCAGGCUUCUCUGAGCAGAAAACUUUCACCAGAUGAAAUACCCCCAGGUUGGGAGAAUCAAAUACCCCCAGGUUGGAAGUAUGAAAUACCUGCCCAGAACAAAGAUCCUAUAAUAGGGACUAGCAAUUCUGAUCAAGCUUCUCUGAGCAGAGAAAAAGCCUCGCUGGAUGAAAUACCCCCAGGUUGGGAAAAGGAAAUACUUGCCUACAACAAAGAUCCUGCAAUAAGAACUGGCAAUUCUGAUCAGGCUUCUCUCAUCAGAGAAUUAGCUUCAGCAGAUGAAUUCCCACCCGGAUGGGAAAAGGAAAUGCUUACCAGGAACAAACAUCCCACAGUAGGAACUGGCAAUUCUAAUUCACUUGAUGAUAUACCUCCAGGCUGGGAAAAGGAACUACUUGUCCAGCAAAAAGAUCAUACAGUAGGAACUGGCAAUUCUUAUCAGUCUUUUCUGAGCAAAGAAGCUUCAGUGGAUGGAUUACCACCAGGCUGGAAAACAGAAUUCAGAAUAAGAAAAAAUGCUAGUGUGAUAAAAAAGGACCCGUAUUACACGGAUCCAGUGCAUGGAUAUGUAUUUCGUUCCAAAAAGGAUGUUAUGCGCUAUCUGCAAACUGGAGACAUCAGAAGUUGUGCUGUGAAGCCUACCAAAAGGGAUCCGGGUUCGACAAUGAAGGAUAAUUCUCCCUCAACACAUGAUACCAGUUCGAAGAAAUUAAGGUGCUCUUUGACCGGAAUACAACUUUCUGCCACUGAUGAAUCAAAAGGUAGUAAGUGUUCUGUUACUUGUUCAAUGGCACUGCAAGCUGAGAAUUCCAGUGAACAUCCUAAAAGCAGUAUGUUCAACCUCAACACCAGUAUUUCAUCUAUUGUAGCCGAUAUAACAGAAAAACAUUCAUAUGAAAAUCUAAAUGAAGAUACUGAAAUAAGACUAGAUGUGGAACCAAAAAUAAGAGACUCAGUUGGAAACACAAAAGCUGCAGCUGCUGAAACUGUUGAUGUUAGAAGGUCAUUAGUUGUUUCCCCCCAGUUGGACUUCCUCCCAGAGCAGCAAUUACGAGAAAAUGAGAAGGAAAAGCAUAGUAAUAAGGGAGUGCCAGCAAGGUUGAGAAAAAUCAGAAACAGCAAGUCAUCUACUCCAGUUCGUCGUGUCUCAAAGAGACUUUCACGCCACAACCCAGAAAUGGUGACUGAUUUAAAUCUAGGUGAACGUGCUCUUCAUUCUGUGGUUAACAGUUCAGCCUCUUCAGGCCUUCCCAUGAAUGUCUCUGGUGGGCAAUCGGCCCAGCAAACUGAUCUAGCAACUGGGGAUUCUGAUCAGCCCUCUCUAAGCAGAAAAGCUUCAUCACGAGAUGAUCCUUUAGAAGUUGUGAAGUGUCUUUCAGAGGGCCAAGCGUUUAAAGAGAAUAUUGAUGAGAGAAUAUGGCGAGAUUCUCAGCCAGCUGGAAUAUCAUAUGAAAGAGGAAAGGUUCACUUGGAACAGCAUGCGCUUAACGAAAGGCCUACAGCCAAGCCGGCAAAAGAAGAAGAAGACGGUCAGAAUAGAUUAUUGAACAAUUCUCAACUAGCUGAAUCAGCAUCAGGAAGAAGGGUAUUCCCUGCAGAGGACCGGUCUGUCUCAGAAAGGUCUACUGUAGAAGAGGUAAGUGAAAAACGAAAUGGUGAGUACAAGCAAUGGCAAUAUCCACAACUAGCUGAACCAUCAUGGAGAAGUGUGGAUCUUAAUGUGGAAAACCAGCAAUGGCAAGAUGUACAACUAGCUCCAUCACAGAGAUUCGUGGAUCUUAAUAUGGAAAACCAAGAGUGGCAAGAUUUACGUCUACCUCCAUCACAGAGAAGUGUGGAUCUUAAUGUGGGAAACCAGCAGUGGCAAGCCUCACAAUUAGCUGAACCAUCACACAGAAAUCUAGAUCUUAAUGUGGAUAGCCAGCCUGUUAAAGAAAAGCAAACAGGAGAGCUGGUAACUGAGAAUCAAGAUGAACAGAACAGAAGAUUGCAUGCGCAACUAGCUUCUUAUCCAUUUGGGGACUAUUGGUCAGACCCAUGCAUGGAGUUUGCAUUCAAGACCCUUACAGGUGCACUACCAGUAGAAGAUACCCUGACCUUUCAGGGAUCUACCCAUCAAGAAUACAAUACUUCCUACACGCAGGCCGAUGAUGGAUGUUUUGAACUGCCAUUAUUCAACACUUCCAGUUUUUACUUGAAUGAUGCUCCAAACCACUGUGCUCCAUCGGUGGAGCACGUCGUCAAAGAGCAACCGCCAAUAAAUCAGACCUUUUUGCCCACUGGACAUAAUAGCAUACCAGGCCACAGUAGUGUUGUUUCUCAAAAUCCAGGUUUGACCUUUUUGCCCAAUGGCAAUAACAGCAUACCAGGUUGCAGUAGUGUUGUUUCUCAAAAUCCAGGUCUGAAUACCCAGGCAAAGGACUACCAGUCUAAAUUUAAAUCUCACAGGUGAAUGAGAGCACAUAAAGAGAGGGAAGUGUUAGGUGUAUUAAUGGAUGAACUAAUGACGCGGUGCUGCUCCUGUGAAUGCAUUUUUAUGCAGCUAUAUCCUCUGUUUGUAAACAUUUCUCUGAUGCGGUUUCUGGAGUUUGGCGUAUCUAUAAUUGAUUGAAGAUUGACCACAGGUGAUGCUUCAUCAAUUGUCUGGAGGUGACAGAUAAAUUAGGUUUGUUCGAACCAGAUAGCUGGUCGAAAUGUAGCUUUAACUUUCAGAGUGCUUAGAUCCCACGAUCCAUUGGACUUUAGACGAUCUGUUUCAAAAGACAUUAUAGACAAUUGCUUGCUAUAUGUCUGUAUAAUUUAGGUUGGACCUCUAAGCUUUUAUUACACGUAAAUUCGUCUCUGUUUUCUCUCCACCUCUAUGACUGGAUGUUAAAAGGCAUCCAUCCAAAAGAUGCUUCUUCAAACAGGUUA